AACUGAGACCUCGCAGUGCAGGCCUUUCCCAGAGAGCUGAGAGCAGAAGGCCCGCUGAGUCACAGACAUGAAGGCAGGACCAGGAGGAGGCAUGGAUAGCAGCGCCCAGCAGGGAGAGCGGGGCGGCUGUCACAGGCUCCCUGGCACAAACCCAAGGAGGAGGAGGCCAGGACUCAUUCAUCCAGGGCCAGCCCAGGAGAGACUGCCUAGCAGGCUGGCCCAGCCUAGGCCAGGCCACUAGGCGGAGAGGGGAUUUCCUUCGGCUCCCUCCGCCUAAGAACCUGUCUGGACGAUUUUAGUUCAGGGAGAGCCUGGCAGGCAGCCGCUCGAGCCAGCAGGGCAGCUCCGUUUGCUGUUUGAAGAGCAAGAUCGAACCGCAGUGUGGGACGUUCGUGCCUCGGCCCUCCCCAGGUGGAGGGAGGACCAGGCCAUGGCUGCUGCUCACGAUGUGGAGAUGGAGAGCGUGAAUCUGAACAUGGAGAGAGAGGGGAAGGAAGAGCUGGAGGAGGAGAAAGUGAGAGAGGACAGGGAAGGCAAAGACUUGCCCAGGAGCAGAAAGGUCCACAGGAUGGUCUCAAAGUGGAUGCUUCCUGAGCCCGUCCGCAGAACAUACUUGGAGAGAGCCAACUGCCUCCCGCCACCGCUGUUCAUCAUCUCCAUCAGCCUGGCUGAGCUGGCUGUGUUUAUUUAUUACGCUGUGUGGAAGCCUCAGAAGCAGUGGAUCACCCUGGACACGGGGAUCUUGGAAAGUCCCUUUACUUACCGCCCCGAUAAGAGGGAAGAGGCCUGGAGGUUUAUCUCAUACAUGCUGGUCCAUGCUGGAGUCCAGCACAUCGUGGGGAAUCUCUCUAUGCAGCUCCUUCUGGGUAUUCCCUUGGAAAUGGUCCACAAAGGCCUCCGAGUGGGCCUGGUGUACCUGGCAGGAGUGCUUGCAGGUUCCCUUGCCAGCUCCAUUUUUGACCCCCUUAAUUCUCUUGUGGGUGCUUCAGGAGGAGUCUAUGCGUUGAUGGGAGGCUACUUUAUGAAUGUUAUAGUGAAUUUUCGAGAAAUGAUUCCUGCCUGUGGAAUUUUCAGACUACUCGUCAUCAUCCUGAUAGUUGCCUCAGAUAUGGGAUUUGCUCUCUACAGGAGGUUCUUUGUCCCUGCAAACGGGUCUCCGGUGUCCUUUGCCGCUCACAUCGCAGGUGGAUUUGCUGGGAUGUCCAUAGGUUACACUGUGUUCAGCUGCUUUGACAAGACACUGCUCAAAGACCCCAGGUUCUGGAUUGCAAUUGCUGCAUACGUAGCUUGUCUCUUAUUUGCUGUGUUUUUUAACAUCUUCCUGUCCCCAGCAAACUGACUCGCCUCUAAUAUAAGCCAGUUAAUAAAAGUGCCACAUGGGGGAAAUGGAAAACUCUGUGAAGAAAUACAGAUAUCCCAGCAUAUGCUAAGAGCUUUAAAAAGAUGGACAGCACACGAUUCAUCCCUUCUGAGGGGAACUUCCAAUAGGGAGGAAGAAGAAAAGACAGAAAUCCAAGACUGGGUCUUCCGUGCACAGAGUGUGUAUUAUCCUAUGACAGAGACUUGAUACCCUUGGGCGAUGUAAUUUGGAGAUUGUUUGAUAGCUCCACGAGAACUGUACUAUCAUCCUGAGAAUAAACCCUUUUCGUAUCUGU